AUGCAAACGUUUUUUUUGGUCGCCGAUGACAUUAUGGACGAAUCCUGCCUUCGCAGAAACAAGUUGUGCUGGUACAAAAAGGUUGGAUUAUCUGCAAUAAACGACUCUAUUCUGUUGGAGUCUUUUUUAUUCUUGCUUCUCAAAAUGCACUUUCAAGAUAGACCCCAUACGCAUAUCGGGCUGUUCUCCCUAUUUAGGGAUGUGAUCCUAAGAACCUCUCUAGGACAGGCUUUGGAUAUGAAGUGCGAAUCGUUGAAAUCUCCCCAAAUGAGCUUUGAGAGGUAUCAGCAAAUCGUUGUGUAUAAAACCGGCUUUUACACAUUUUAUCUUCCCGUCAAGUCUGCUCUCAUUUUGAAGGGAAUCGAUAUCGAUGACGCGCAUUUGAUGCCGAUUCUUUUGGGGCUGGGCGAAUUGUUUCAAAUUCAAGUACACCUACGGUGGGACGAUUACUUGGAUUGCUUUGGAGAUCCAUCGAUAACGGGUAAAAUUGGCACCGACAUCCAGGACUUCAAAUGCUCUUGGUGUGUGCUCACUGCCUUAUCAAUAGACGGCGAUGCCUGUGAUGUUUUAAAGGUUCGUUGGUGUUUUACUCUCUUUAGGAGAAUUAUGGAAAAGAAUCUGGCGUUGAAACCGUGCGUUCAUACUACAAAAGGCUGGAUAUUCCCGCCAUCUAUGAGCGAGAAUGUUUAA